AUUUCUUUACCCUCCUCAUUUUCAUUUUCAACACCCCAGAAUCUGAAUGGCCACUCGCACACGCAGCAGCAUGAAAAGUGAACAAGUGUCUACUGAAGAUGUCGACAUUGAAACUGAAAAUGAUAGUGAAGAAGAAGAAGAAGAAGAAGAAGAAGAAGAAGGAGGAGGAGAAGGAAGAGGCUCUUCCAAAAGGCUCAGAAAAAAUGAAGAACCUUCAAUGUACGAGCACAUUAGGGACCAAAGGAUGAAGGAGAACCAAGAGCGAAUGCAGAUGCUUGGAUUAUUGAAACUCUCUCAAAAGCUCAAAACCCAACACCAAAACCCUCAACCCAGGCCCAAAAAAAACAUUGAUAAUGCCUUACCGUCAAGGCGUUCUUCUAGAAUAAUGACCCUAGAACCAGUUAACUAUGCUGAAAAUAAAGAAAAGGAUAGAGAAAAGCGAGAUUCAUCAAGUAAAGAUAGCAAAGACAACAUUGAGAUUUUCAUACCUGAAGGUGAAAACCCAGAAUUUUACACUGAAGAGCAGGAGAAGCUUCUGGGAGAUUCUGAUACCAUUUGGGAACUGGGUGUAGAUGGAUGUGAUGUAGAUGGGAGCCGUAUGUAUGAUUCAAUCAGGGGGGAGACAUGCCAUCAAUGCAGGCAGAAAACUCUUUGUCAGCACACAAAUUGCAACAGAUGUGAGUUAUCUCAAGGGCAGCUUUGUGGAGAUUGCUUGUACACAAGAUAUGGUGAAAAUUUGUUAGAAGCCAUUGAGAAUCCCAAAUGGACUUGCCCUUCUUGUCGUGGAAUCUGCAACUGCAGUCGGUGCCGUAAGGCAAAUGGUUGGAUGCCCACCGGUAAUAUAUACCACAAGGUGAUAAUAGCUAUUGAUUUCAGAAUCUUCUUAAGUGGUGCCAUCUUCACUUUGUUUCAUCUUAUUGUUUUGGAAAUAAUUGGUGGUAUGAUAAGGUGUCAAAACUGGGUUUCAAAUCGGUGGCACAUUAUCUGAUACAAACACGCCGCACUGACAAAAGCUUGGAGGAAGGCUCAGGUGCUGAAAAUGUUGCUGAAGAAAUACCUCAGAUCCCUGCGGACACAAACCAGAAUAGAGCAAUUCGCACCAGAAGAGGCUUGAGGAGAUCAUAAUGAUGCAAAGGGCGUCAAAAGAACAGAGUGGGAAAAAGAUUGGCAUAUACGCAGGUACUUGAAGACAGACAUUUUUGUUUUUUGAGAAUGAUGAAAGAUGUAGUUCUCUUGGUGUUUGUUUGAGAUGGAUACAGGCUUAGCAAUCUGACUAAAGAAUAUAGCCAAUUUACCAUUACUAUAUUGACGAUGUUCUUAAGAUGGUUAUCAAAAGUUGUAGCAAUUGGUGUUUGGCUGUGGGUUGUGGUUAUGUGGUAUAGUUGUGGUUUUGUUGAAGAAUGUUAUCAAUUUUAGCCUCGGAUUAAGGAUUGCAACUUUGCUUC